GCGAAGAUGGCGGCGCCCAUGGAGGUGGCGCUGGUGUCGGACGCCGCCGGGCCGCUCUGCAACUGCUCGGUCUGGGAGCUGCACACGGGCUCCGCCCUGCCCGGUUACCGCGGCGGCAACAGCGGGCCCCGCGGGCUGGCGCUGCUGGGCGGCGAGCACCUGCUGGGGGCCCAGCUCGGCAAGAGCUACAUCAACGUCUGGGAGCUCCAGAGGAAGGACCAGCUGCAGCAGAAGAUCAUUUGCCCUGGGCCAGUGACCUGCCUGACAGCUUCCCCCAACGGGCUCUACAUCUUGGCUGGGGUUGCUGAGAGCAUCUACCUGUGGGAGGUCUCCAAUGGGAACCUCCUGGCCAUCCUGAACCGACACUACCAGGACCUCACCUGCCUCUGCUUCACUGACGACAGCAGCCACUUCCUCUCGGGGGCAAAGGACUGUCUGGCCCUGGUGUGGAACCUUUACAGCGUGCUGCAGGCAGAGCCCUCCCAGAUCCCUGACCCUCGCCACGUCUGGUCCCGGCACAGCCUCCCCAUCACAGAUCUGUGCUGUGGCUUUGGGGGGCCCUUGGCACGAGCUGCCACAGCUUCCCUUGACCAGACAGCAAAGCUCUGGGAAAUCUCCUCGGGGGAGCUCCUGCUCUCCGUCCUCUUCGACGUGGGGAUCAUGGCUGUGACUCUUGACCUCUCUGAGUAUCACAUGUUCUGUGGGGGCAUGGAUGGCUCCAUCUUCCAGGUUGACCUCUGUGCCUGGCCGGUGCAGAGGGACCGGACCUUCCAGCCGGAGCGGGAGCAGGGGAAGGUCUUCAAAGGACACAGGAACCAGGUGACCUGCCUGUCGGUGUCCACCGACGGCAGCCUGCUGCUCUCCGGCUCGCACGACGAAACCGUCCGGCUGUGGGACAUCCAGAGCAAGCAGUGCCUCAAGACAAUGAAUCACAAAGGCCCUGUGACAAAUGCCUUCAUCGUGCUGGCCCCAGCCAACAUGUUCAACCCUGAUGGGAAGCCCAGCAUCCCCCUGCCCAAGUUCAGCAGGCACCUGCACGGCACCGAGAGCGGCGAGGAGCAGGGCGGCGAGGGGGUGACCCUGCGCCUCGGCCUCCACCAGCAGGAGUCUGGGGAGAGCUACCUGGAGAAGGCUGAGAAGAUGUACACCCAGAUGUACUCAACAAGGGAAAAGAACCUGGUGGGUGACCAGGAGCAUCUGACCAUCCAGGUGAGCGAGCUGGAGGAGGAGGUCAGCACCCUGCGCAAGAUCAACAAGAACCUCUUCGACUUCUCCGCCCGCAUCAUCACCAAGCCAGCCAAAUGAGGAGGAGGAGGAGGCACCCCCUGCCCUCACACCCCCUCUGCCUCUCCCUGCCCAGCUCCUGGGGAAGAUCCAGCUGCCCUCGGGCACGGGGUGCCCACGCCUGGCUCUCCUGGGCGCCGGCGCUCGCCGCGGCGGCUUCGGCCCUGGCGUC